AUAAUUUAAAGACUCUAGCAUGUGAAACCAGCCCCCCAAGACAUGUAAGCCUCAACCCUUCUGUCCAAGAUCUUGGUGACCCUGAGUAGAAGUUAACAGAGUUUGGUCUGACGAUGUCGAGCCGCCGGAAAUCGACCACACCUUGCAUGGUGCUGCCCUCUGAUGUGGUGGAGCAGGAAGAGGAGGAGGAGGAGGAGGAGAAGGAGGAGGAGGAGGAGGAGGAGGAGGAGGAGGAGGAGGGGAAAGAGGGAGCAGAGGAGGGUCCGACUGCAGAAGAGCUGAGUCAGGCAGUAGUGGUUGUUCCCACUCCUCCCACUACAGAGGAGCCCAGUGUCUCUACUGUAGAAGACAGUGAAGCCCUCGCUCCCUCACUGAAGCGCAGCGCUACAGACCCUCCUGAGGAUCCCAGCAGCGACCAGCAGGCACAGGAACAACAGUGCGAGACACCCGAGGAGGGAGGGGCAGACCCCGCCACGGUCGCCGCCAUUUCCCUCAGCAAGACCCCCAUCAUGAGGAUGAAAAGCAAAUCUGAACCCAAGAGGAUCUCUGUGUCCCUGAAAUUUACAGAGGAGGCGUUGGAGGGUUUCGGGGGGGGCGAGGGGGAUGUGAGGGGAGGAGACCAGGAGCCCAUCGAAGCCCCCCUGGGCCCGAUGACGCCUGUGGAGAUGCUGCUGCACGACUCCAUGAAGCUCGGGGGGGGCGGCUUGCUGGUCAGCCCGUACUCUGAGCAGCAGAGGAAAUCAGCGGCUUUCAACCCUGCAGUCCUGCCUGCAGGCCUGGCACAGGUGCUUUCUGCCUUCCAGGCCCAGCAGAGUGCAGCGGCAGCAGCAGCAGCUCAGCCUCAGCUGCUCAUCCCCCUCAGCAGCAUCCCCUCCUACAGUGCAGCUAUGGACACCAACCCCCUGCUGGGCAGCACGUACAAGAGGUUUCCGUACCCCUCCAUGGCCGAGAUCAGCCGCCUGGCAGCGCAGACACAGUUCACUGAGGAGCAGAUCAAGGUUUGGUUCUCAGCCCAGCGGCUGAAGCAUGGUGUGAGCUGGACCCCAGAGGAAGUGGAGGAGGCCAGGAGGAAGCAGUUUAACGGCACGGUGCACACGGUGCCGCAGACCAUCACUGUGAUACCUGCUCACCAGCUCUCAGCAGCUGCCAACGGCCUGCAGUCCAUCUUACAGACCUGCCAGAUAGUGGGCCAGCAUGGCCUGGUGUUCACACAGGUGGGCCCAGGGGGGCACCUUCCAGUGACCAGUCCCAUAACUCUGACGGUGGCAGGGCUGCCCAGCCAGUCCCAGAGCUCCAGCAGGGUUUCCUGCCACCCCACCCUGACAAACAGUGAGCUGAAACGGGCUACCACUGUCCAGCCUCCCUCUCUCUCUCCGCAGGAGAACUCGGCCCUCAGUGCAGACACAUUCAAUUUGCGUCCCAAGAAGUCCAAAGAGCAGCUGGCCGAGCUAAAAGCCAGCUACCUGAAGAACCACUUUGUCACAGAUGCGGAAAUUUCCCGACUGAUGAAGCUUACCAAUCUCACAAAGGGAGAGAUCAAGAAGUGGUUCAGCGACACCAGGUACAACCAGCGCAACUCCAAGAACAGCAAUGUCAUUGUUUUCCAUGAUGGAGGCACAGGGAGCUGUAGCAGUGCCAGUACCACCAUCGUUAUCGACUCAAGCGACGAGACCACCCCCACAUCCCCCCACCCUCCGAGAACUCCGCCUGUGAAGGAGAAGGAGACACGGCCAAAAACUUGGAACCCAUUCCCGGAUUUUACCCUACAGAAAUUUAAGGAGAAAACUCCUGAGCAGCUGGUGGUGCUGGAGGAAAGUAUUGAUAAAAGCAGCACCCCAUCAGAUGAUGAACUGAGCCGCCUGAGGACAGAGACUAAACUGACCCGGAGGGAGAUUGAUGCCUGGUUCACCGAGAGAAGAAAAAUACCGUCUGUUAGCACUUCCUCCCCGUCUUCUUCAGAGGGAGGAAAGAUGGAGGCUGGAGAAGGAGGAGCAGGAGCCAGUUCUUCUUCUCCUUCUGCCUCCUCGUCCCGUAGAGGUAGUCAAACUCCUCCCGGCGGCCGCAGUAAGCAGCUGCCCACCAGCAGCAACAGAGACAUGAAAGAUAAGAAUAAAAAGACUCCAGAGCAGCUCCACAUUCUGAAAAGUGCCUUUGUGCGGACCCAGUGGCCCAGCCCAGAGGAGUACGAGCAGCUGGCAGAGGAGAGCGGCCUCCCUCGCUCCUACAUCGUCAGCUGGUUCGGAGACUCUCGAUACUCGUGGAAGAACAGCAACCUGAAAUGGUUCUUCCAGUACCAAAGUGGCAACGCUGAAGGGCCGAACGGUGGAGGAAGCAAUAAAAUGGGAGGCGGCAGCGGCACCGGUCGGAAGAGACGCGGCAGAAACCGUGGUUGGGGGCGGUCCAGAACCAGGAAGCAGCCUAGAAGGUCCGCUUCCUCCAGUACAGAUGUCGACAGAUGCCUCCCCGCCAAGAAAGUCAUGAGUGGGCGGGAGAUUCUGAAGGAGUACUACAUGAGGCACCGCUUCCUCAAUGAGCAAGAUCUGGAUGAGCUCGUCGGCAAAACCAACAUGAGCUACGAACAGGUGAGGGAGUGGUUCGCCGAGGUUCAGCGGCGCUUGGAGACGGGGGAGGAUCCCUUCCUGGAGGCGGCUGCAGGGAGCACCGGAGGAGACGCAGCCGCAGAGGAGGGGCGGGUGCAGGGGGAGGCGUCAACAGCCGGCGAGGAGCCAGCUGGCACAGGGGGGGGAGAUGAGGAUCAGGACGAAGGAGAUGAGGAGGAUGACGGGGACGAUACUGACGACAGCGAGGUCUGGGAGCCGUCCCGCAGCGUCAGGAAGUCUUUGUCAGUCUCUGAAGACUGAAACAUCCCAGAAUGUCCCGAGAGAAAUAGCGGCUAAUGCUGGAAGAACACUCAGCUAAAGUCUUUCUGCCACUGAUUUGCAUUUGUACUCAUCUGCAGCAUGAAUUCACUGUAUUCUCAAACUACUUCUGACAUCAUGUCUACAUCAGACUAACAGGUGGAAUAUUAGCUUUAGCUCUCUCCCUCAAUCUUACCUAUUGUAAGUGAUGUGUAACAUUUUAAGAAUCUUGGUAAAUAAGGGUUUUAGCAAACCCUGGUGCACCAAACUCUGAUGAAGCCUAUAAAGCAAUAUUUUGUCAAAAGGAAUACUAGGCGCGUUCACACCAAGUACUUUGCCGUAUUUAGUGCCGGCACUCAGUGCCCCGGCACUUAUUACCCCAGGGCAUUUAGUACAGAUCGCGUUCACACCGGAGUACUUUUCCCUGAGGGAAGAUUACGCAAAUGAGCCGCUGACGUCACUGUCGUCUUCUUCUGCUUUGGGUUUACUGG